AUCAUCUUUCAUCCACUUCAUCAAUUAACUUCAAACUAUCAAAAUUGUUUACACAUAUCGAACUCACGAAUGAAUUUCUCAAUCAAUCAUGGACAAGACUAUAGUGGAAUCAAAAGCAAUUCGAGAAAGUUUCCUACUUGAUGUUGAUACUUGUUGCUGUAUUGUUUUCUAUUUAGUUUAUAUAUAGUCUAAACGAUAUUCUUCUUCCGACUGUAGAGACCGUAACGCUUCGGCGUUUACCACACCUAACCAAUGAUCAAUAUAUGAAGCUGAUAGAAAAAUUAUCACAACAGAUCGAAAACUUUUCAAAUGAACCUUCAAUGGACAGUUCAUCGAGAUCAGAAGAUGUCCCUGUCGGCCGGGAUCAAUCAAAACAGAUGGUAAAGAUGAUACUUGAACAACAUGAUCUUCUGGUUCCUCAUCGUUGGUGGACAUACAUUGGAUGGAGUCAUACUCAUAACACUUUGUCAUCCACACCGGUUCAACAGAGGGAAAUUACGACUUCUCCCCUUAAGAAAGCAAAACAAUUUGAAUUAGUGACAAUAGCUGGAUCGAGCAUUACUCGAGGUCUUGGUGAUGGGACAAUCGAUUUUUGGAAUAAGUCAUUUCGAUAUCAUGUUCACACGAAAAAUGGUGCUGGGAUCGAGAUAAUGUCUGAGUUUUUCAAAGAAAAACACUUCAGACCGUCACCUCGCUUCAUUGUUUGUGUUGGCACGACCAAUUUGAAAUAUGACAAACCGAGUGAUGCCCUUGAUAAAACAGAACUUUUGAUCGCGACAUUUAAAAACUCGUAUCUAAAUUUGAAAUUAGCUUUAACCACUCUAUCUUCAAUGAAUAUUUGUGGCCUGAAAGCCUUAGUUGAAGCUAUAAACGGGGAUAUAAGAGAAUACAGCAGCAAAUUAGCAUCUCUAACUAUUAGUACGGGUGUGGAUUUGAUACCGAUUGAUUAUGAUAAGCGCGAUAUGAUAUCUGGCGAUGGUCAUCACUUGAGCGAUUCAGGUACUUUCAGACUAAGUAGUUCAAUGGAUGAUUACUUAAAAAACAAUCUUUAGCCUUGUUGUACCCAAUAAUGACAAUUCCAGCUCUGUUUUGUCUCUGUGUGAUCUAUUUUCUCUCUCUCUUACUAAUGCUUUCUCUAACAAUUUGUUUCAAACUGUGACAGCUAACGUGAAUGAUGAAGCUGACUGUGAACUUCCUUCAUUUCCUUUCUCCACUCGUAUGCCAAAUUAUAUCAAUGCUAAAGGUUUUUCUAUUUUCAAUCAUAAUAUUCAGGGUCUUCGUAAGCAUAUUGGUUCUUUACGCUUAUUCGCAUCUGAACAUCAGCAUCUUUCUAUCCUGUGUAUACAAGAAACAUGGUUAGGCAUGCACCAGUUACAGUUAACUCUAAACUGUAACUGUCAUAACUGUGUAACUGUUAUAACUGUAAAACUGUAACUGUCAUAACUGUUCCGAAGAUAGUUCAGAAUGAGUUAUCGUUGCACUAUUAGCAUAGGUUUCAGAGUAAGACAAAAAAAGGACAUUUAUUUAGCUUUUCUAUAGAAUUGACAGAGGUUAGUUACGUCUUUGAAGAUAAUUAUUUCAGUCGACAAAACCACAUCUAUUUCUUUAUUGGGCAAUCUAAGAAUAUGUGCUGCGCUCAUGUUAUAAG